AUGAACACGACGGACCGCUACCCGGCCACGGCAUCGCAAUUCAUGUUACGUGAGAUCAAACGCCAACAAGAGCUGGUCAAUCGAGGCUACCAGCUGCUGAAGAGGAAAGCCGAAGCUCUGCGGCUUAAAGGUCGACAGACGGCAUCCGACUUAUCAGUGACCCAAGCUGUUCUGGGCCAUACUCUUAAAGAGGCCUACAUAUCGUUGGCAGCGGUGAAGUUCACUAAUGGAGAGUCUAAUGCAUUGGUGCUUGAAAACAUUGAGGAGGCACAAAUCCGUGUCAAACGCAUACCAGAAAAUAUCUCCGGAGUCUCAACCGUGACACUCCACGCUAUAGAAGAGCUGGGGGCCAGCGACGCUCUCCGCUACGCUGGCCUCGGGGCCGGCGGGCACCGCACCGGCGAGGCCAAGAGGGCCUUUCGCGAGGCCGUCCAUAUUCUGAUCAAGUUCGCGUCGCUGCGCAAUACGUGCAUUCUGUUGGAUACUGCGAUCAGGUCGACACUGAGAAAAGUGAACGGCAUAGAGAAGGUCAUUAUGCCUAAGCUAUCGAACACAAUGAAAUACAUUCAAGUGGAACUAGCGGAGCGGGAAAGAGAGGAGAUGCACAGGCUGAAGAUGGUGAAGGCGAAAAAGAUUCGAGCCAAAGCUCUAGCGACAAUGCGUCUUGAAGACUCGCAAAAUGGGGACAGCGCUGCAGGCGGUGAAGGUGGUGAAAUUGAUGUCCGUUCUGCAGCCCGUAUCCGCUCUGUCGAAUGUCUCACAAGCAUCAUCUGCGCCUGCAAGUCGCUUCCCUCCACAGAUUCCGUCGAAGACUUCUCUAAGCCCGUCUGCCAGCCCGCGGAAUGGGACGAUGAGGAUCUCCUCUUUUAACCUUUGAACGC